AUGGGCAUCAUGAGAACGAUUGUAACAAUAUGCAUGAUGAUACUUGUGGUUGUGGGACCUACAACAAUGGCUUCAAAGCCAUUUCCAUUUGAUGAUCGCCCAGAUGAGGUUUGCUGCUACCCUGGUUAUCCCUGUUGUGACGUCCCCUUUCCUCCUGGAGCUGAUGAGGAUGAGAACAGUGUGACAGACCUUGCACCUGCAUCUUCUAUCGCUCAUGGGCCAAAUGGUGUUAAACAUGUAGAUGAAUCUAAAGGAAGGAGCAUACUCAUUUUAAUUUACCAUCCAACUCCCACCACCAAUCGUCUUCCUCAGAAUUCGGUUGGAAUGACUGAAGGAGCAAAAGAAGGUCAACAAAUUGUAUUUGCAAAGCACCACCAUCAAAUGGACGAGUCCAAUAUCAAGACCAAUCAUCAACACAUCUAUACGCAAGAGUACACUCUUGGUUUUGCUUAA